AUGAUUCUUUUCAUUAUUCUUUUUAGCAAGAUUUUUACACGUUCAAGUUUUUUAGGAAAAAUAUUGUCGCACGGCCUAAAGAAGGAUGGCAUGUUGGCAUAUGAAAAAGAAUUGGAUGGUAGCGAAGAUGAUCCGCUAGAGAGUUACCUGAAAGAUGCUAGUAUGUAUUCCAGAGUUGUCAUUUUAUGUGUCAGAGGACCGUUGGUACGAGAAUUUAUGUUGACAGCUCACACUCUCGGCAUGACUAGUGGAGAAUAUAUAUUUCUGGAUGUAGAAAUUUUUCAGGGUACUUUUUGGGGUGACCAUGAUUGGAAAGUAGGGGAUAAUAACGAUACUGUUGCUCGAAUAGCUUACGAAGCUCUUCUUCGAGUUUCAUUACUUCAACCAACCAGUGACAAGUUUCAGGAAUUUGCCGACAAAGUUAAACAGAGGUCCAUGGAAGAUUACAACUAUACAAUAAGUGAAAACGAAGAAAUCAAUUUUGUGAUUGGAGCUUUCUACGAUGGCGUUUAUUUACUAGGCAUGGCACUAAACGAAACAUUAUGGGAAGAUGGAGAUAUAAGGGAUGGACGAAGUAUCACAGCUAGAAUGUGGAAUAGAACAUUCUCUGGAAUUACUGGGCAAGUUAGAAUUGAUAGUAAUGGCGACAGAGAUGCUGACUAUUCUAUUUUAGACUUAAAUCCCAUUACUGGAAAAUUUGAAGUAGUAGGACACUACAAUGGCUUAACCAAUGAAUAUUCCCCAGUUCCUGAAAAAAAGAUUCACUGGCCAGGAGGAAGAACAGAUUCUCCCCCGGAUAUUCCUUUGUGCGGCUUUAUGGGAAACAGCCCAGAGUGUCGUAAUUACGGUAAGAUAUUGUGA